AUGCUUAAAAAGACUCUUUUCAAUGCAAAUAAUUCUAGAAAUAAUUAUAUAAUUCUAUUAAAAUCUUUAUCAACAUCAUCUAAAGAAACUAAUUCAACUUAUAGUAAUACGUUAUUAUUACCACAAACUAGCUUUCAACUUAAAGCUAAUGCUAUAAAACGAGAGCCCUUAUUCCGUGAUAGAUGUACAAUUGAUCUAUAUGAGUGGCAGCUGGAAAAUAAUCCCAAAGAAUUAUUUAUUCUUCAUGAUGGUCCACCUUAUGCUAAUGGAAAUUUACAUAUUGGACACGCAUUAAAUAAAAUAUUAAAAGAUAUUAUUAAUAGAUAUAAAAUAUUACAAGGCUAUAAAGUUAAUUUUAUUCCAGGGUGGGAUUGUCAUGGAUUACCGAUUGAAUUCAAAGCUUUAUCUUCAUUCAAAAAUGUAAAAUUUGCAACCUUAAAACCAAUGGAAAUUCGUAAAGCUGCAAAAGAAUCUGCGAUGAUUGCAUUGAAUGUUCAAAAAGGAGAAUUUGAAAGUUGGGGAAUAAUUGGUGAUUGGAAAAAUCCAUAUAAAACGCUUGAUAAAGAAUAUGAAAUUAGACAAUUAAAAGUUUUUCAUGAAAUGGUGAAAAAAGGGUAUAUUUAUAGACAAAAUAAACCGGUUUAUUGGUCACCAUCUUCAAGAACAGCUUUAGCAGAAGCAGAGUUGGAAUAUAACGAAAAUCAUAUCAGUAAUUCUGUAUAUGUAAAUUUUCCAAUAUCUUCUGAAUUAGAUUUAAAUUUUAAUCCAAGUUUAAAGAAUAAUAAAAUUUCUAUUAUAAUAUGGACAACAACUCCAUGGACUUUACCAGCGAAUCAAGCAGUUGCAAUAAAUCCAAAAAUUGAAUAUUCUAUUGUAAGUACCAGAAAAGAUAAUGAUAUAAAUUUAUCGCCUGAUCAAAAUUUAUAUAUUGUUGCAACAAAAAGAAUAAAUGAUCUUCAAAAGAUAUUUGAAUCUGAAUUUAAGAUUUAUCAGACAUUUGAAGGUUGUAAGCUUAUUGGAACAAGCUACAUUCAUCCAAUAAAUCAUAAAGUUUACAAGGUAAUUGAAUCAUCGCAUGUAACUGAGGAUUCAGGAACAGGUUUGGUUCAUAUUGCACCUGGUCAUGGAAUGGAAGAUUACGAAAUAUGUAAAAGAUUGAAUAUACCAGCAUUUUGUCCUGUUGAUAAUCUUGGAAAUUUUACAUCUGAAGUGGGAGAAGCUUCAUUUGAAGGAUUAUCAGUAUUGAAAGAAGGUUCAACGGCUGUUAUAAAUUUUUUCAAGAAAAAAAAUUAUUUGAUUGCAGUAGAAAAAUUCAAACAUAAUUAUCCUUAUGAUUGGAGAACUAAAGAGCCAGUUAUAUUAAGAGCUACACCUCAAUGGUUUGCUGAUGUUGGAGCAGUUAAACAAAAGGCAGUUGAAUUACUUUCAAAUGUUAAAAUGGUUCCUGAAUCUGCACGUAAUCGUCUUGAACAAUUCAUUUUAUCUCGUAGUGAAUGGUGUAUAUCAAGACAAAGAUAUUGGGGUCUCCCGAUACCAGUUUUAUAUGAAGUAGAAUCAGAUACGCCAUUAUUAACUGAUUCUUCAAUAGCUCAUAUUAUUAAAAUAAUUGAAUCCUGUGAAGGUUCUGAUUGUUGGUGGAUAUUGGAUGAAAGAGAAUUACUUGCACCUGAAUAUCAAAAUAAUGGUGUAAAAUAUAAAAAAGGCAUGGAUACAAUGGAUGUUUGGUUUGAUAGUGGUGUUUCUUGGGCAACAAUAUUAGAUAAUUUUCCAAAUCGUAUAAAUUCGCCUACUAUUUCAGAUUUGUAUCUUGAAGGAAGUGAUCAACACCGUGGAUGGUUUCAAUCUUCAUUAUUAACAUCUGCGCCAUAUUCAACAGUAAUUACACAUGGAUUUGUGUUGGAUGAAAAAGGUCACAAAUUUUCAAAAUCAAAGGGUAAUUUUAUUGAGCCUAAAACUAUUAUAAAAGGUGGAAAGAAUUCAGCAAAAGAACCACCAUAUGGAGCAGACAUAUUAAGAUUAUGGGUUGCUUCAACUGAAUAUGUGAAAGAUGUCAAUAUCGGGAAAAACAUAUUAAGCCAAAUAGCAGAAAAUAUGAGAAAAUAUCGUGGAACUGCAAGAUUUAUGUUGGGAAAUUUGAAUAAUUUUAGUCAUCAACAAUUAGUUUGUUAUGAUGAUUUAAAACCUAUUGAUAAAUUUAUGCUUCAUGAAUUAUACCAAUUUGGUAAAAGCAUUAAUGCUUCAUAUGAAAGCUUUGGAUUUAAUAAAACAUUUUAUUUUGACAUAGUAAAAGAUAGAUUAUAUGCUGAUCAUAUUAAAAGUUUAAGCAGAACAAGUGUUCAAACCGUUUUGUAUCAUAUUUUAAACGUUUACACAAUUGCAUUGGCUCCAAUAGUUCCACAUUUAGCAGAAGAAGUUUAUGAAAAUUUUAAAAGUUGUAAUUCGACAGAAUAUGAAAGUGUAUUUAAAUUAGGAUGGUAUAAUUUGAUUCAAGAAGAAUGGAAUGUCUUAAAAGUUUUGAGAUCAGAAGUGAAUCAAUCAUUGGAAAAUGCUAGAAAGAAUAAGCUGAUAAGAAGUUCUUUAGAAGCUACCAUUGAAUUAGAUGUGACACCAUCACCUUUGCAUAACUUAAUAAAAAAGCACGAAUUAGAAUUAAAUUCAAUAUUUAUCACAUCAAAUACAACACUCAAUUCAUUCAAUCCAUCAGCAGCGACUGACAAUUUACAACCACCAGUAACUAAAGAAGAGUUUGAUGGUUUGAAAAAAAUUGAUAAUGUAAAGGGAUUAUUUAAAAUUCAGGUAAAAAAAGCUGAUUUAUACAAGUGUCCAAGAUGUUGGAUUUUUUCUGCUAAUAACGAAGGAGAACUUUGUGAUAGAUGUGACCAAGUUUUGAAGAAUAAUUAA